AUGACUGGUGGAGACAUAAUGCUGGAGGCAUACUUGGCCUCAACUGGCAAAAGACUGGCCUCACUUCAGAUCCAGCCGCAUGUGACAGUUGCAGAAAUUUGUGAAGCUGUUUCAGAGGCCAUCUCUUCGAGUGCGGAAUCUGCAGGUAUUGCAGAAUACCCUUGUUCGCAACGCUUUCGGGCUGUUGAGGGUGCAGAGCUGUUGGAGGACACCCUUUUGCUUGAGUCUUCGGGACUGUUGGAGGGCUCAUCAACAGGUGAGACAUUGCUU